AGCAUUAUUUUAGACGGUUAGUUAUUAAAAAUACUUGUUAUGUUUAGAAAAUAUUUUAUUACUUUCUUUGAUGAAUGUGUAAAGAAUAAUUCGAAGUUAAAUUAAGUUUAAACUUCACGGCGUUUAAUAAAUAUCAAUAAAAUACUAUGUCGAAUUAGAGUACCUGAUAAUUUUGCAGAUAUGACCGGUGCUGAUUUACACAUAAGUACUUCUUCUGUACACGAUAAAAGCGACAGCUAUGUACACAAACAUUUUCGAUGGGACAGUAUAAAACAAUUCGUUUUCCUUGCGUUUUCGGUUGCUUCUUCAAGUUAUAAUUUUGAUAUAUUCUCAAAAGUGUUAUACGAUCGAGUUAAAAUUGUCGAUUUCAUAUUUCUGGAAAUAACAAUGGGUAUAACUUAUAUGUUUAUGGAUUUAUUCAUCAAGCAAUAUACAAGAAGAAUCGAUUGUUAUCAAUAUUUGAACCCUUUAUUGAGGGGUAUUCAUAUGGGCUGUGUGCUGCAAUCACUGCUUUGGAAUAUUAUUUUAGCAGGUGACUUAGCAGAUGCAAUACGUUAUUUCUUCGCCGGGUUCCACUUUAUCCCGCCAUGGUCAAAGUGCAACAAACACCAUCGGAUUUGUGUGCCUACCGUUAAUAUUAUUCUCAAUUGUAGAAUGAAUAACCAGACAAACUUAAACGAAACGUCUGCCAGUGUCAAUUAUCACGAUUCGUAUUUUAAUUCCGACAAACAUGAAUUAACUUCAAGACUGUUUGUUAUAACUCUUGUUUGGAUCAUAAAUUUUUUUUUAGCCACUAUGACAGACACAACUCUUAUUAAGCUCGUCAGAAUAUCAACGCUAUGGAGGACAUUCUCAACAGUUUUCGUUCUAUUAUUCACGUUAUUUUAUACGGAAUACUUUUUCACGAAUGCCAUUAGUCAAAUGUUUGAUGCCACAGCGCCUCGAGUAUACACGUCAGCGAUCGACCGCAUAACAUUUGCGUUUGGCAUUGGACUGGUCGGUGUUUACGAUUUUGGCACUAUGUCCCCUCACACUAUGAUCGAUAAUGCUGUGGUGAUAUUUGGAAUAAUUUUCACAACGUUCGCUUUAGCAAGAUCUAUUAUAGUACGUGUACUGUAUCAGGCAUUGACUGUAUGUAUUAGAGAUAACACAGAGAUCACAUCCCACUAUCUACUGUUUGUUGUACUACCACUGAGUUCAGAAUUUUUGCAUGUGCAAAAAGUUUUUACAAUCUACAUAUUCCUCAGUGUAAUGUGCUCAUUAAGCGCCUAUUUGGCAAUUUUGACGCUGACGAUAUCGAAGCUUUUGCAUAAUGAAUUUCGUUCAGUGAAAGUGGUGUACAUGGUGGGAAUAUUAUGUUUUUGUUGUUGCAACCUCUCGUAUCCUGUGGCUAUGCUUUCGAAACAUAAACUAAUAGGAUUAAUACAAGGGAUAAACUUCACCGUGUUGUAUCUAGGUGGUUUUAAAGUUGCCAUUGUUAUGUGGUUGUAUGGUAUUGGAAAGCUUUCAACUGAUAUUCAAUUUUCACUGGGUUUUAAGCCUACACAAUUUUGGACUACAUGUUGGGCUAUGCAUCCCAUUUUGACGUUUUUGUUCAUUGUCCACAAAUUAUAUGUUUUAAUACAUUUAACGGAAAAAGUGCAAAUGAUAUUGGCCAGUACAUGGAUCCUAUUCUCCUUUUGUUUUGUGACAAUAAUUCAAAUCAAAACUAUAGCUAAAUUUAUCGUUCGAAAUAAUCUGGUGGGAGUUUUAAAACCUAGACCGAAGUAUGGACCUCCUGAACCCGAGGACAGAGCUCGAAGGCGAAAAUUUGACGUAUCAACAUUACAUCAAUAUUGUGUUCACCGCUGCUUGAUAAAUGAAGAGUGCUAUGAAUGCAAUCACAUGCCAUUGAUAUUCAAAAGGAAGUCAAGAGUUGAAUCCAUGUCCGACGCAGAUACAUCUCUGACGAAUAUAUUCGAAUCAGGGGUUGUAGCGAAAAAAUCAUCUAUCGUAAUGGAUAGCUCACAAAUGCACUUUAACUAAAAUGUUUUAUUCAAAUUAGAUAAAAAAAUAGAAUAAUAAUAUUCCUAAUGGGAACACGAAAUAGCAAUUUUAUUUUCAGCAAAACGAUAAGCGGCCCUUGAAAAUUUAAGUUUUGUGUAGGAGUAAACGAGUAAAUGCUUUCCUUUUAUGUACAUU